AGAAUGGCGCAAGGACUGAUAGAGCGCGACUCUGUUCCAUUGAUGAGAGGCUUCCAACACUAGCUCCGUGUCACGUGAGCAAAUCUGCGUGGAACCUAAAUAGAUCCUCGUUUCCAUCAUAUUACAUGCUGAUGGAGAUAUGAAUGAAAUUAUGACUGCAUGGCGGAUACCGAGUGACUGGUAUGUGGUAGGAGUAGGCUACCUACGUUGUUAUUGGUAGCGGAGGACUCCACGGUCCUCUCCGCUGGGAAUACGAUGUGCUGGUGCGGAUAUGUGUGAGGAAGCCUGAGCAGGUCUAGACGGCUCUGUACUGCCGGGAGCCGCGUGAGGGAUGUUCUGGCGGUCUGGAGACGAAGCAGAGACCGAGGCGGAGGAAGGACCGCGUGAUAAAUUGAUUUAAAGGGAAGGACGUCAGCAAAUGGCAGACAAAAGCUGAACUCACCAAAUCUGUAUUCCAGAGAACCACGGAGACGUGGUCACACAAAUCAUUAAGGAGACCAAGGACAUUAAAGCUGCAAACAACACAAAAAGCAGGUCCCAGAAAGAGAGAGAGGGUGAGAGAGGGAGACGGUAGUAUUUUCCAGUCACCCUGCCACACAACUCCCUCCUAUUGGCCAACAGCUGUUAUAGGCCAGACUAGAUGCCCGCCAUGCAGAAGGCCACUUAUUAUGACAGUUGUGUAUUUGAGGACGGUCCCUACCCCAAGUCAGAGGGACACACAUACACACACCCUGCCUAUCGGGCCCUCCCAGAACCCCCUCACGCUCCUACAACACACAUCGAUGAACAUGGCUGCAGGGACAGCCAUGAUGCCCGGAGUAAAGUCACCCCUCCUCCUCCGCCUCCUCCUCCGCCUCCUCCUCCUCUGCAGCAGUUGGCCCCGCCUCUGCCUGCCAUCCCCCUUUCCUCCAGCUCCCAUCCCCCUAACGGAACUCCUGGUGGAGCUCCUCCAGUUAGGGCCAAGCUGGUGUUUCCCUGGAUGAAGGACUCACGUCAGAACGCCAAGCAGAAGAAUAACAACACCAGCAAAGAGGGGGAGGAGUGUGAGGAGUACAGCCCACCCGAGGGGGGCUCGAAGCGGAUCAGAACCGCAUACACUAGCGCCCAGCUGGUGGAACUGGAAAAGGAGUUCCACUUCAACCGCUACCUCUGCCGACCACGGCGGGUGGAGCUCGCUAACGUUCUUCACCUGUCCGAGCGCCAGAUCAAAAUCUGGUUCCAGAACCGCAGGAUGAAAUACAAGAAAGACCAGCGGGGUUUAGGGUCAAUGCCCUCACCGCUGGGCUUGUCUCCUGACUGCAGCCCACCCAUCCACACUGGGUUUGUAGCUCACCUCCACAGCUACGACCCACCCUCACCGCAGUCCUUUUCCAGGGCACCGACGGGCGUGUACAACUUGCCAUCACACCCGGUGGAUCAGAGCCUUGAGCAGCAGAGACGGUACCCCGAAUAUGAGCAUCAGGGCUACCAUAGUAACGGUGGCUAUGUCGCGAACGCUAAUCCUCAAAGCCAGGGUGUGUAUGGUGCUGAGAGCUUCUCUGACUCUGGGCCGCACUCAGGCCCAGGGUUCCACAUGGGCCGCCUCCCCCAGCACCACUCUGCCCCCUUGGAGUACCAUGGCACGGGGGGCCAUGCCGGGUCCUGUCUCUCCGACCCUACCUUCCCCGAAAUCACCCCACGCCACACCGCUCAGGGACGGACGCUUGAGGUUCCGAGGCUGACCCACCUGUAGAGGUUCGGCUGACGCACCUGUAGUCCUGUAACCCAAUAACUACCUGUGGUCUACAGGGGUUGUGCCUCUCUGUUUGAUGGCCGCUUUAGGCAAGAGGAAAUACAGGGUACAUAGCAUGGAGGCCAAUCUGUCUCUAUGGAAUGCACGCACAAUACACAUGUGAAUCCUAGUAUCCUGCCCUCAUAUUUUGCUACAUUUUAGUUGCUGGGGGGGGGGGGGGGGGGGGUCAGCUUGGUGGUGGAGUGGUUGAGGGUGAGCGGAGAGGAUGCUGGUCCUGGAACCCAAGAUUGUAUUGAGUUGUGUCAAAUAUGAGUUAUCAAUUGAACCUUUAGAUAAAAACACACACACCCUUCUGAGAGGCUAACUGUGAUGUCAUCAACAUCACACAGGAUACAAUUAGUGCAAAAUAUUGGUUAGAUUAUCAAUUUGUUAUAGGUGGAAUGAGAAACUGUAUUUUUAUGUCAUUGUUUUGAUAUCUUGUCGCAUGCAGUUUAUUGUAUUUAUUAUCAAACCUUACAUGUUUACAUAUCGUAGAUAAUGUGACAAUUAUGAAUUUUAAGGCGCUUAAGGUGGCAAUGUCAUUCUGUGUUUUGUAGAGUAAAUAUGUUUUAAUUUUAUUAAAUGUCAAAUGUAGUGAAUCUAGUAUUUUGUUAAAUAUUAUAGAAUAAAAAAAUCUUUGA